AUGGCUAUGAAUCAAAUCCCAGGCCAGAACAUUUACAUUUCUGGGAUUUACUGUAUGAAAAACAAAGCGGCGCUCGAGAGAGAGGGUAUAACGCAUGUUGUUUCCGUGUUGCGUCUCAACCCCGCCGAGGUCGACAAGACGUUCUCGUCUUAUCAGCACUUUGCUAUAGAUGCAGACGAUACAGACGAUGAAAACCUCUUGCAACACUUUCCCGAUGCAGUGCGCUUUAUCAAGUCCGCCGUCGAGGCAGGCGGCAAGGUCCUUGUACACUGUGCGAUGGGCAAGUCCCGGUCUACGGCUGUCUGUAUUGCCUACCUGCUCCACCAGAAGCCUAAUAUGCUCACACCGCAAUCCGCAUUGGAGAUCUUGAGGCAGUGUCGUCCCUUGUGCGAGCCUAACGACGGGUUUAUGGAGCAGCUGGCCCUCUAUCAUGAGAUGGGAUGCCCCGAGGACAUCACCGAGCACCCUGUGUACCAGCGUUGGCUGUACCGCCGUGAUGUCGAAGAAAGUGUGGCUUGCGGCCGUGCUCCUGAAAUGGAGUCGGUGCGCUUUGAAGAUGAGCAGCCAACCCAGUCCCAGAUCCAGGAAAAGCCUCCACAAGAGGUGGAAAUUAAGUGUCGCAAGUGCCGAAAAGGACUUGCAUCAUCAAAAUACAUGAUUCCCCAUGACGAGGAUAAGCGCAAUAACAGUAAGGCGAGACAGAAUACAGAGUGUGCGCAUGUAUUCCUCCACCCGAUGAAAUGGAUGAGCCCGAGUCUCUUUCCGUCGACAGAUGGCUCCAAGACCUCCAGUACAUACGACAGCGCCUCAGGAGACGCACCUCUAUCUGGCCGCCUGAUCUGCCCCAAUCCCACCUGUGGAUCAAACGUUGGUAAAUUCGCCUGGCAGGGCUUACAAUGUAACUGUGGCAGCUGGGUGGUGCCAGCCCUAGGCCUUGCGAAAGCCCGAGUGGACAUCGCCAACAAGGUGAACACUGCACGACCUCCAGCAGCCCUGGGUAUUCGCAUGCCUCCCGGGAUGCGGCCUCUAGAGCCCAAUGAUGGCUCUGGUCGUGGAAACCUUUGA